AUGGUGAUGGGAAACCGAAAUCUGUCCGAGAACCAGGCAACCUUUUAUCCUCCUUCUUUAAAUCCGGCAUACAUGGGCGCUCAUCCGCCAAUUAAAGUCGGAGGUUCAUCCUACGAAGGGGGAACAGUCAGCUACUUCCAAAGUUACAGAAACGAGACUCUGUCCAGGUUUUCGAUGCCACCUUACGAAUGGGGACUGCAAAGCACCCCUUACAGUCCAAGACCGGAUUUAGUUGCUGCCGCGAAAGUACGUGACUACAACAGGUCCUUGUCGGUCCCACGAAAUAACAUCACAACGAUUGAUGCAGGACGCAUGCGGGAAAUCGAUGACCUGUACAAGGGCGUGCAAAUGCAUCGUCAACAGUACAAGGACCAUACAGGAUCCCUCCACCCGUUGAGCUUCUUCAAAGCGGACGAGUAUCCGUUCCAGUGUUCCCCGACAUUGGUACCCACCUACUUUUCCAAGCAUCCGGAAACCUACACGGAGUACAAGCGACCUCCCGUCCUUCCUCUGACCUUUGAGAGGGCGACCAAGACCCCGUACAUGCCCGAAUUCGCCUUCCCGGGAAUUUAUUCUCCCGGCAACUGUAUCGCCUACAAACGCUAAUCUUUGGUUGUUUACGAGAGAAGCCGAUUCUUCGAGACCAUUUGCAAUCUCUAAGGGAUAGGAAGUCGCAUGCUUCGACAGGGUAAAGAAAUUUUUACAUCGUUCUUGAAAUAAUUUAAUACACUUAUGACAAAAUAAUUUUCAUCCAAAAGCCAAUCGCGCAAUCAGAGAUUUUGUAACGAAUUACCCUGACUAGAAUAUGAUUUUGAUCCACUAACUGUUGCAAUAUUCGAUGUACUUUCUACGGCAAUUGAACGGUAAUUACGAACUAAAACUGUUUAAUCAAUAAAACUUCGGUACUUUUCA